AUGAAAACACUGCCGCUGAUACACACAGGGAGGUGACAGACAAACCUUGGUGGCAAAAUGUUUAUAUGAUGUUUGCCCGUGUGAGUCACUUCAGGGUACUUUUCAUUUCAUAUAAUCAAAAGUGGAGACAUGGGCAAUUUUUGAUGGCUUUAACUGCCAGCAGACAAAACACCUAUUGACAUAGGCCUGUUAUUAACUACCUAAUACCAAUACCACAUUUUUUCGAAGGGGGCAAAUACUGUAAUUAUAAACCUAGAAAAAAUAAAUAAUGAAGACCAAUUGAACUGGGCAUUCUAUAACAUACUCAAAGUUACCUAAAAGGUGAAUCACCCCUUUAACUAUUUAAUUGAGUUAAGUUACCUUUUCAUAUGAAUGAAGUUCAUAUAUCUAUGUUAUUAUUUUUCUUUUUUUGGCCAGAUGCAGAUCAUAUUCUACGAAGAGCGGAACUUUCAAGGUUCUUAUUAUGAGUGCAGAAAUGAUUGCUCCAAUCUAAGUUUUUACAUUAGUAGGUGCAAUUCUCUUCGUGUUCUGAGUGGGUGUUGGAUGAUGUAUGAGCUUCCUAACUAUCAAGGAUACCAGUACUUUAUACAAAAAGGAGACUAUCCAAAUUUCCGAAGGUGGAUGGGAUAUAAUUCCUCCAUCAGAUCUUGCUUAGCAAUUCCCCAAUAUUCCGGAUCUUACAGACUGAGGUUGUAUGAAAGAAAUAAUUUUGGAGGCAAAAUGAUGGAAGCCAUGGAAGACUGUCCUUCAGUGUAUGAUCAGUUUCACCACCAAGAUAUUCAGUCUUGCAAUGUGUUUGAUGGCUACUGGAUUUUUUAUGAGCAGCCCAAUUACAGGGGGCAUCAGUAUUACAUAAGACCAGGGGAAUACAGAAGAUUUACUGACUGGGGAUCACAAAGUUCCAGGGUUGGUUCCUUUAGGCAAAUUAUACAACAUGUAUAAAUGACUGUGUAUCCUGUAGUUCUCAUGAAUAAAGGAAUAACUAAGUAUAAGUACACUAUUAUUUUAUUUAUUUGUGUGUGUGUUUUAUUGGAAUUUAUUUAAAAUGCAUGAAGAGGAAGACAUUUAACAAAUAGAAUAGAGAGAAAAUGACUUUAUUUGCUUAGUUACUUAGUUACAGGAUUUCCGGGGCUCCAAAGGGCUCACCAGGAAUUUGAGUUGUAUAUGUAUAAAAUAAAUUGUUAUUAAUUAUUAAAUAUCUUUUAUAUAUUAAUGUGAAUAAUCUGUAAGUGGUAACCUUUCCAUGAUAAUAAAUAAUAUAAUAUUUGUAUACAGUAUAUGGUUGCAU